GUCCGCGUCUUCCUCAUUGCACUCUGAUUCGCUUAACAGUAAAUUGAACCAAAAGUCGCUCAUGUGUAAAAUGGCCACCAGUUGGACGGUUCCUUUCGCAUUCUUCCUCGUGGUCUAUACCUAUAUCCUAUUGGGUAGUACUAACAGUUUCGCCGGUGAGGCGAAAAAAUCAACGUCUUUCCAUCAUCCAGAAAAUAGCUUUGAUGAUGAUGAUGAACUUAUUCCUGUUGACGAGUGUUCCCAGCGAAGCCGUGACUGGACGUUGAGAUGUUUGGUACCGGUGACAAAUUUUCAAAUGGCGAUUGAUCUAUGCGGAACGAAACAGAAACCCGCUAAAAACUUCAUCAAACAAUGCCUGAAGCAACUGACCAUUACAGGGAAAUCCUGCCCACAGCUUUCUAUGAUGGAGACAGCAAGCGCAAUGGCACGUAACGGAAAACCACCUCCAGCGCCAUCCGGUGAUUACAGGUCCAAGACUAAACAAAUAAAAUCACCACUGAAAGGACGACAAUUUCAGGUACCCAAAUCGCUUGGCGGAAAAAGAGACCAGAGUUACGAGAGAGAUUCAUUGGAUUUGUGACAACUCAGAAUGAUUUUUAUCUAUUAAGUUUAGCAAUACUAGUAUGUUUACUUUUAAUAACAACUUAACGUAGUCUUUGCGAUUUCAAUGUUGGAUCUGAGGCACAUUUUUCAUUCUUGUCGUGCACGUGGGGAAAAUUUGAGGUUUUAAUAUGUAUGUAAAAAAUCCGACAAUACUAUAGAGUAUUUCAAAAUUUAAAACAACACUUACCGGUAGAAAUUAGGUUAAGUCAGAUUACUUUCUUAGAAUCACUUUCCAACAACUUUCGGUUUACUGAAACAGAUAAAAAUAUGGUUUAGCUGUAUAGUACAGGCUUGACAUAGACGGAUGGUAUAACAAAUUGCGUUGGUUAGGAAUCAUGAUAGGGAUUGACAUUACAAGAAA